AUGCGGGCCCUGAAUCGCCCGCUCGCGCAGCUGCAGUUGGGCGGCGCCAGGCGGGGCAAUGCCUGGCAGGCGGCGAAACCUACGGAACAGAGAACGGUUGGACUGAGCUAUCACGGCGUCCUUUGGGUGGCCAAUGUUUACCCCACCCAGGCUCACUGUUUUGACUUCCGUCCGCUGUGCACGCGCAACAACCACGAGACCCUGAUCCCUCAGCUGCUGCCCAGCGGUCUAGAAUUCGACGUCGUACCCAGGCAGCGGGAGGGCGGUGCCUUUGUCUACUUUCGAAUGCCUCCGACCUUCGUGCUACAGGUUUUGCUAAGUGCGAAGCCGGGGGCCUUCAUGCCCAAGAGUGUCGACGACAUCAUUUCCCAGAUGACCAGGGACAUCGGCGGAAAGUUCGUCAAGACGCACCAUGUCCGGGCUCGCCUCUGUCCGCACCGCGCACGAGUGCACCGAGUGCUUGGGAUGCACAGCUUCGCAGACCGUGAAAGCGCGCCUCCUUCAUCCCAAAUCCAUGUCAAGUUCGGCGUCACGGCCAAGAAACCCACAGAGGAGGAAAUGUAUGAAGUCCUGGUGAGGUACGGCCAGCUGGAUACGCUGGUCGGUUCCUCCGCAGGUUUUCUGGCCUCCUUCCGCCACAUCUUCGCGGCCAUUGCCGUGCGGAACUGCCUUCACGGCGCCCCGCUGAAGCAGGGUCAGAAGGAAGCGACGACUUGGGCGCUGGAGUACAAGCAGCCGUCUGUUUGGGAGACAGUCGCAGCCAACUUCCGCUUUUGGUUGCCUCUAUAUCUGCUUGCCAUAUGCUGCCUCAUAGUCCGUUGGUCCUACGAUCCACCAGCAUUCGUCCAGUACUUCGUGCCAGCAGCUCCAGUGCCUGACGAAGGUGCAGAAGACACGCCCAUCCAGUAUAGCCUCAAAGAUCCGUUGGCUUUGGUCCAGUAUUUGGUGCAAGGGGAUGUUCGGCUGGUUCGCUUGGCGUACUUACUGGAGCUGCAAGAGUCUGGACUUCCUUGGCCGCGCCGCCAAGAGGCUGAGAACGCAGUCCUCAAAAGCGGCGAGACCGCCUUAGUCACCAUGGGGGAGCUGCACGAGAUUCAGAGCCAAGGUACACGCGCGCGGCGGGGCUUCUACAGCAGGUCAGGUAAGCUGAUCCAUUUUGGAUCGGUGUCGCAUUGUUGGGAAAGCCGUGAGCACCCGGACCCCUGGAACUUCCAGCUGGACGAGACGAUACGUCGCUUUCGAGAUAUGGAGGGUGAACGAUCCGAAGUAUGGUUGUUUAUCGAUUUCCCUUGCCUUUACCAGUACCCACGUGACAAUACGCAAAGCCACAUCUUCCAGAGAGCAUUGUCAGCGAUGCAUGUUUUGUACGCGCAUGAGCAUGUCAAGGUUGAGAUACUGAGCGACUUGACCCCAGACGCUGUGCGGUUGAAGCAGCGGGGCCGUCACAUAGCAGUAUACAGCGAAAAUUAUUCGCGUGUGGAGCCACUGACAGUGGACAGCCUUUUGAUGAAUCGUGUUCCUUAUGAUCAACGAGGAUGGUGCCAAGCAGAACAGGAAUGGGCGAGCCUGCGUGCAACAUUCGCGCAACGAGUGCCCACCCCUCCUGCAUUGUUUUCCCAGCGCAUGGACAACUGCAAGUUCACACACCGCGACGACUCCUCACUGGUGAAGGAGUUGCAGGAGAAAAUUUUUAUGCAAAAGGCACAGGAGACCAUAAAACUUAAUCUUCAGUUGGCCGGUGAGCAAGUACCAGUCCUGUGUGCAGCCCUGCCGUAUUUCGCCCACUUGGAGACGGUAAUUGUACGCGACACGAAACUGGGCUGUGAAGGAGCGCGGGCAAUCGUGGAGUCUGGAGCUGCAGACAUCCACCUGGACAAUUGCCAUCUGGGUGAUGCAGAGGCAAUUGCAAUCGCCGAGGCAUUGGAGAGGACUGCCAGCGUGCAGCAGCUGAACUUGAGGACCACCAAGAUCAGCCUGGCGGGGGUAGACGCCCUGCAGCGUGCAGCGAGGAUUUUUGGUGGCGUUAGCAUUAGCCUAGAUGGGCAGAGGAUCACAGGCUCGACGCAUGCAAGUUUGAAAGGACCUUGUCCCCGGGCCAGCACGCCUGCGAAUGGUACCGAA